CACAGCUCACUAGGGCUCUUUACUGUGGAAGUGCAGAACUGAAGUUCCCUUCUCUCUCUCUCUCUCCGUAUGAAGAGGCUCAGACUUUUUAUUCCACACAGUUACGUUUUUACAGCAAAGCGUAUCGGUUGUUUUCCUCCACACUGGACCUUAACGCGUGUCCUGAAGGAAAGUAAUCUCUUGCCGGAAGUGUUUUUAAAUGUUUCCAAUUAAUUCUGGACGAAACGGUCAAUUAAAUUAGCAUUAGCUGAUGCGGUUUUGCUAGCUCGCUAUCAGUGCUCUGACUGAAGCUCUCUCUCUCCCUCCCUCUCUCACACAUACAGUGCUAACAGUUAGCCUGCUAGCUAUCGACUUAAUAUUGUUCGCACCAGUUCGGGUGAACUUAGCUGGCUUGGUAUUGCUAACUUCACAGAGCUAGCUAUUUCUACAGACGGCGUUGCAGUUUGAAUACUUCGUAGUUGGCGUUUAACUGUUUUGUUCUCCUGUCUGGAGGGAUUUGGGCUUUUUUUUUUUUUUAAAAAAAGUUGUUAUUCAGACUUCGUUUUUGACAGCGAGGCCGCGAAUUAGCCAUCAUCAUCAUCAUCAUCAUCCUCCUCAUCAUCAUCAGUCUCCACUUAGCUUAGCCUGUUAGCUAGCUAGCUAGUCGUGUGUGUGUGAAAGUGAGUGAGUGAGUGAGGAGAGGGGGAGAGAGAGGUAGCUAAAGUUCGGUGCUGUGCCUCGAGAUGCCCGCGAUGUUGGAAAAGGGUACGUCGGAGAUUUCGGGGAAGAGAAGAGGCAGAAACUCGGUGAAUAACCCGGCGAAAAGUUUUACUUCGAACGGCAACAGUAACAAUUCUUGGGAGGAAGGAAGUUCGCCUUCCUCUAGCGAUGACGAGCACGGUGCAGGAGGGAUGCGAGUCGGGCCACAGUUUCAGGCUGUAGUUCCAGAUUACGACCCCGAAGUGGCCAAGGCGAGCCAGGAGAGGGAGAAUCUGGGGAUGUUGGUGUGGAUUCCUAACCAGACUCUCUCAGAGUCUAAAUUGGAUGAAUAUAUUGCAAUAGCCAAAGAGAAACAUGGGUACAACAUGGAGCAGGCAUUGGGGAUGCUUUUCUGGCACAAACACAACAUAGAGAAGUCUUUAGCAGACCUGCCCAACUUCACCCCUUUCCCUGAUGAAUGGACAGUAGAGGACAAAGUACUGUUUGAACAGGGCUUCAGCUUUCACGGCAAGACUUUCCACCGCAUUCAACAAAUGCUUCCAGACAAGUCUAUUGCAAGCCUUGUUCGAUUCUAUUAUUCCUGGAAGAAAACGCGCAGCAAAACCAGUGUCAUGGACCGCCAUGCACGCAAGCAGAAGAGAGAUCGUGAGGAGAGUGAUGACGAGGCCGAAGAGACACACUGCACCUCUCCGGCUGAUGCGGAAUUGGAAGCAAGCAAGGAGGAAAAAAAAGAGGGUCCAUCUGGAGUUGAAAAACAGGAUACAAAACCUGCACUUGUCCAGAAGCCAGCACCUCUCACAGACAAGCCAGCUCAUGUUAAAAAGGAAGCACAAGGUCCAAGGAACCACCACCGGUCCAAGAGAAAGCCACCCAAAGGCAUGCACCUGAUCCAGAGCGACGUGACGGCCAUGUCGAGCAGUGGCCCAGCCUCAGCCAGCGUUCUCAGGCAGCUGGACAUGGAGCUCGUCACCAUUAAACGACAGAUCCAGAGCAUCAAACAGAACAACAGCGCCCUAAGAGAAGCGCUUGAUACAGGGGUGGAGGAGUUUCGGCCUCCUGAGGUGAAUCAGAAAUUCAACACACGCUGGACUACAGAGGAACAGCUGCUUGCGGUACAAGCUAUAAGGAAAUACGGAAGGGAUUUCCAGGCCAUUUCCGAUGUCAUCGGCAACAAGUCUGUGGUGCAGGUGAAGAACUUCUUCGUAAACUACCGUCGCCGCUUCAAUUUGGACGAAGUGCUGCAGGAGUGGGAGGCCGAGCACGGUGUGGAAGCCUCCAAGAGCUCGGAGGAAGAGAAAAUGGAGGUGUCGUCUGAGGAAGGAACCAUCACACCUGUACCAUCAGAGGACCAGAAGGAGGAACCUAUGCCCACAGAAGCACAGACCCCCUCUGCCUCUUGAGUGCCCACAUCUGAGAGAUCAGAUGCAUCCGAUCCAAAUGCAGUCUGCAAUCCAGUUGAAGGCAUGUUGUCCUGAAGAGGCACCGACUCGUACCUACCAUUCCCACCAGUCUCCUUGCUGCUGCUCCUUUGACUCAGCUGAAAUCUAUGGUUUUUACAUGUCCUACAAAGUGGAACCGGCCCAACCCAGGAAUAAAGAUAGUCUUUACUUUUGUAUCGUCACUGCCAACAGGAAAUAACCUCUCUGUCAGGUCAAUGCUGUGCCUGGUUCUCCAAGCACUGUAUUCACUGAACCUUCAGAAACAUCGAGGAUGCUGGAUGGAUUUUGUGACCUUAUCAACGACAGAGGAAAGCUUGACUUCUGUUGAAGGUUCAAUAAACCUUACUUCGGUCUCCCUCAUAACUUACUAGUUACUUCAGUGUAGCAUUCAGCUCUUGCGUAAGUUUUCUUUCUUAUCAGGUUGUACAGUGAUCAUUAUGAUUUUAGAUGAGUUGUCAUAAUUGCUAUCUUGACUUAAGCUAUUCAUCUAUUUAUUUGCUUAAUAAGUUGUUUCAAAUGAAUAAUAGUUUUUCCAAUUAUGAAAGAGCCUGUAUUGAAGAGAUCUCGAUGCCUGAAUCCCAAAGUCAUAUGAACAGCCUUGGUUGCUUCCAAAAUCCAUCCUGUGAUUAAGUGGUAGGACAUCCAGCUUUGGUGCUGCAAGUAACCGAGAUUAUUAGCUACCUUUAAAGAUACAACAGUGAAGUCGUUUAGUAAAGUUAGUAUUUUUUAUUUAUUCAGCCAUGUAAGGCAUGUUUAACAUGUAAUUAAGUGAUAUAUACAUAUAUAUAUUUUUUUUCUUCUAAGGAACCAAACAAAUGCAGUGAAGUGAAACGAUUUACUGCUUCUUUUUCUCCAUAAUACUGGCUCUCCCCAGUUCCCAGUGGUGUGCUACAGAAUACACACGUUACUGGGGAACUCGUGAUGAUUUGGCCUUGUGUCAGCUGGAAUGCAAAAAGUUUGUCUCUGUCUUUAAUUGUUUAUUUUAAAUCCAUUUUAAAUUCUGGAUAUUUGGAUGGAUAAAGCUGUUUAAUUCACCCGAUAUUAACUAUUGAAUUAUGGAUAAAUGGAUUAAGCUAAGUGUCUGUGUGAAAAUAUUGAACUUCCCCUUUCAGAUAAUCAGAUCAUUUCAUUUAAAAUGCAAAAUCUGUUUUAAAUUCAUUGGGUUUUUUUUUUUUUUUUUUUUUUUUUUAAAUAGUGGUUCAGUAUAUCAGGUUCUCACUUUAAGUAAGUAAGUUGCUUAAGUAAUUCAUUAAGAAAGAGGCUUAAUAAUGGACAAUUAAUCAUUGCUGUUGAGGGUUGUAUGUGAAUAUUGCAAAAUAAACAUGUCUUUAAAAGCCAUUUAGCUAGGGCUGUUGACUAAAUACAGGCUACCUGUAAUAGUAAGUGGGAUUUUUAUUAUAUAUAUAUAUUUUUAAAUAUUAUUUUGGUAUAUGCUUUUCUCUUGGGUUUUUAAUGAUGUGUACUAAAGUCUGUCUUGCAUGCAUGGGAAAUUAUUUGAUAAACUUUGUCCAAGUUUGGAGGUGUAUUCUCCAGUAAAAUAAGAGGGGACGUGUGGAUGCAAGUUGUUUCAAUUAUCAAAAGCACUACAAAAACGAAAUACAUGCAGGCUACUGAGUUUUGGACAAACAUUGUCAAGUCUGUCCUGAGGUUAUUUUCUUUUUCUCCAUUUAUGUUCAUUUCCGUACCGUUCCAGAACCACAAACAGGCAGACUGAUUUUAGUUGUUUUUUUUUUUUUUUUUUUGUGUGUGUGUGUGUGUGUGUACAAGCUUCAGUGUGCUUUUUUUGACAAUACAUAACUUUGCCCACAUAUAACCAGUUUGUCACAUUAACCACAGAAUAAACCAAUGGGAUUUAAUCAAAUAA